AAAAAAACCCAUUUGUAUAGUCCUAUAAAGGAAGUAUCAAAAAGGUCAAAAGUGUACAAUUGCCUCGAGAACGUGUCAUUGAUAUGUCACCCGAAGAUCAAAAGAAAUGGGAAAUGGAAGAAAUGCAAAAACCCAUUGAUUUGGAAAAGGCCAAUGUCAAUAUUGACCCGAGUCCCUUCCAGCUGGUCGAACGGACCUCUAUACUCAAAGUACAUUCACUAUUCUCAAUGGUGGGCAUUAAUCAUGCCUAUGUCACAAAAAUUGGGCGAUUAGUUGGUGUGGUGGGCUUGAAAGAGCUCCGCAAGGCCAUCGAGGACAUCAAUAGCAAUAGCUUUGUGAUAACAAAUCAACUAAAAGACAAUCCCUUAGAUGUGGAAAAAAGUGCAGCAGAGAAACCGUUGCUGCCACAGGACAGCAGUGAUAAGCAGGUGAAUAUGACUGUGACAUCCAUGGAUUCAGCUCUAUCGAAUUCCGACAAUUGUUCCGACAUUGAAAUGGAAAAUAUUCACAAGACGACAACGGAUGGCAAGACGACUAACACGACAACGUCGCCACUAACUAUCAGCUCUGAUAAUGCCAAUUCCACAACAACAUCACCUGGCCAUCAGAGUGACUCGAAGGCAGAGUGA